AUGGGUUUUGGUUUAAGUAAAGAGCAAUCAAUGAUUAGAGCUAUUGAAAAUCAAGAUGCCAGUGAAUUGAGAACAGUUAUUAAAGAUUUAAGUGCUGAAGAAAUUCGUAAUUUAUGCAAGUAUUAUGUACCUUCUGAAGAAGGCCAGUAUACUAUACUUCACUACGCAACAUGGCAAGACAAUUCGGAUUUAUUAGCACCAUUACUGGAUUAUGUUGAUGAUUUUGAAAUGCGUGAUGAACAUGGUUGGACUCCAUUAAUGACAGCUGUUAAUCGAGGUAGUAAACCAAAUAUAAGUAUGUUAUUAGCACGUGGUGCUAAAGUUGAUUGUGAUUGGGUUGGAGGUAUGAGUCUCAUUGCAGAUGCUAUGAACUUCGAUGAUAUUGAACUUAUAACAAUGCUUCUAGAUCACGGAGCUCGUGCUGCACCAACGCCUGAAAUGCUUGCUAAUAAUCAAGAUGAAAAUGUGCAUCAUUUAUUACAUUAUGCUGUUGAUGAUGACCUCUAUGAUGUAGCAAAGUUAUUAAUUGAAAAAGGCAAAGUACCAUUAAAUACAUUAGAUCAAUCAGGCUGGAGUCCAAUGCAUUUAGCUGCAGGACAUAAUAAUGUAGACAUGCUAACAUUACUUAUAGAAAAAGGUGCUGAUAUUAAUAUUAAAGAUUCUCAAGGCAAUACACCAUUAGCAUGGGCAAGGGAAAUGAAUGCUACUGAGACUGUUAAUGAAUUACAAGCACGCGGUGGUAUAGCUGAUAAGGAAUGGCAUGGCUCGAAACCCGAAAUGAAAACUGCUGAGGAACGUGAACAAGAAGUAUACGAAGAAGGUGAAUAUGAGCAAAAUGGUGAAGAACGACAAUGGGAAGGCGAAACUGAUGGUGUUGAACAUGCUCGAUUUGAAAUUGAAGUUGAAGAUGUAAAAUCAAAAACACAAAAGACUUCAAAUAACAAAGAUUCUAAUACACUUGAUGGACUUCAACGUCAACGUCCAAUUGCCAAUGCAACAUUUUAA